AAACACUUAUAUUCAGGAUACACAAUACUCAAGACCAUGACCACGCGUGAAAUUCCAAAGUCGUGAUAUCACAUACAAACACAGUUUACAAUUCUUACACCGCACUACCAGUCGCGUUCUUAUGGAUUAGGAUAUAUGGCAAACAUAACCGUAUAUUCGAUAUGGAUUCUCCUUCUCAGUUUUUACAGGAGUUUCUCUCAAUUGUCCAGAGAUUAUGAACUUAGAAUAGAAGAAGCUGGAUCGAAUUUAAGAAGUCCAAUGUGGUGUGAAAGAACAAAAGACUAUGAGAUCCUGUGGAAAAAAGAUGCAACCAUAAUUGCCUUUGGAAAUCAAACCAUCAUAAACGAUAAGCGUUUUUCAAUUCGAAAAAACACUGCAAUGGACAGAAGUUUAAAGAUAAGAAAUUUGAAAUUGUCUGACAGGGGCCGAUACCAAUGUAAAAACAGGGAGAACAACGCAGUUCUUCAAGACUAUCUCCUGAAGUUAAAAAAAGCAACAAGCAUAACUGAAUAUAGCGGGGAGAAAGUGAACAUUGUGGAACAUGGAACGACUCGCUUGUGGUGCAAUGCAACCGGUAUUCCCGAACCCACAGUCACGUGGUACGCAUUAGAAAUCACAAGUAAACAAGAAGAAGUUUUAAAAGAUAUUGGAAUUCAAGGUAACAUGCUUGGAAUCCAAAAUGUGUCCCGCUAUUGUGCCACUAAAUUUCAAUGUCGAGCAUCCAAUGAUUACAACAAUUACAAGGAUGGGAGGAGUAUAGUGACACAGAACAUAACUCUCAACGUUAAAUUUCUACCAGACGUUCAAAUAAAAAUCAGAGUCAAUGGCGACAGUUUCCGGUUCAUAUCUACUAUCACCGGUAAAAUAUCGGACAGGCUGGAACUGGUUUGUGACGUGUUGGCUAAUCCUUUAACAACCGUCACGUGGUACCGAGACCAAAUAGAAAUAGGGAGAUACUCAGCCAGCGAAAGUAAACCUAAAAGGAACGACUAUGACAAAGAUAAUUAUGUCUAUGAAUUGAGCAGUAUCCAGAUGAAUUCCAGAGAGCCAAGGUUUUUGGCUUUACCCCUACAAUUUACACUGGAUGACCCAUAUACCUUUGCUGUUUACAGAUGUGUUGUUGUGAACGAAAUUGGCUCUGUUGAAAAAUCUACACAUGUUGUACAAAAACAGUAAUUGCUUCUGUGGAAAGAUAUUUUGAUCUCUUUA